AUGCACACAUUUAUGAAACCCGCCACCUCGUCCUCCACCGUGCUACUCCUCGGAUACUUGGUGAUUUCCACCACCCUUCCGUUUGCAUUGUCCUACAAGGAGUCCCACAACUUUGCCCAGUCGGCCACUAAAGGCACCAUCAGUGCCAGAGCGCUCUUCAACAAGUCCGAGUUGCAUGUGGCGCCCCAAAAUUGGCAGCCAACUGCCCAUCCGUCCAUCUUCAACAAGUACCUAAAUCGGGACGACCAGGGCACUGCUACUCUCAUCCAGAAGUACGCUCCCGGAACAGUCACCACCGAGACGACCUGCCACCAGUACUACGAGGAAGUGUACAUCCUCGAGGGCGCCCUCUACGACACCUCCCUCGCCCAGUGGUUUGGCAAGGACUCCUACUGCUACCGCCACCCAGGCAUGUUGCAUGGCCCCUACGAGUCGCCACAGGGCUGUACGAUGUUUGUACGGACAGAAAUGUGUCCUGGACUGGCUGACGUGAAUUUGUGA